UUUGACAGUUCAUCCAACAUUGUCGAAACCUUCCUAUGACUAAUACUAAACUGUUCCUACAAUUAGUGGCAUUCACUAAAUAAGCCUUAAUCUUAUCUACACACAGCCUAGAACGUGUUAAGCAAUAUGCAUUAACAAGAUAAUCUCCAUCAUGCUUAGGACUAAUGACAAAAUCUCUUCAUUGAAAAAUCAGGCAACUAAUCACACAAGACAACUAAAUGGGACAAGCCCACACCUUCUAUAAGACAACAUUCCUCUCUUCUCCCCUACCAUCUCAAGACAUGGCACCAGCUAUGGAUCUCCAAUUCCACGGCACGACCGGCCAUGGAACGUCCAGGUCACGGGGUCGUCACUCCACCAGAAGCAAGUUCGUGGGCGUGAGGCAGAGGCCCUCGGGCAAAUGGGUUGCGGAGAUCAAGAACACGACUCAAAAGAUCAGGAUGUGGCUAGGCACGUUCGACACUGCUGAAGAGGCUGCUCGUGCUUAUGAUGAGGCGGCCUGCCUCCUCCGUGGCUCAAACGCGAGGACCAACUUCUUCAACAGCAUCCCCUGCAAACCCGCGCUCUCCUUGAAGAUAAGAAACCUUUUCAAUGAGAAGAGAGGCCUAAACAAAGCCUCCCCCUCUUCUCCUAAUCAAGAAACAAACAUUGUUUCUCCUAGUCUUUCCCAAACUAGUGGUACUAAUCCCACUUCUUGUAGUAACAACAACAACAUUAGUGUCUUAAAUCCAGCAUACUUGGAGGAUGCCAUCAAGCCACAUUCGAGCUGCUUCGUGGGAGGAUACGAGGCGCCUCCCAUGCCUCGUUGCAGCUACUUGGAUCAAGUUUCUGCAUAUGUGAUGGAUCAUAAUAAGAGCAUUCAUCAACAAGAAGGUUUCUAUGUCCAAAAGGGAGAUGGCCAAGUGAUGAAUGAGGCACACUUUUCUGAUUUUGAGCUCAUGAAUGAGUGCAAUGAUCCUUCUUGGGAUUUUCCUACUUUGUGCCAAAUGUUCUGUCAAAGUUGAAUCUUUGAAGAACUCCUUUUAGAUCAAUAGUUUAGUUCCUUCUUGGAAAGUUGCCAGAGUUUAUCUUGUUUGAAUUAGAUGAGCUAUUCUGCUGUUGUUUCAUGUGGUUAGCUGAUUGUGUGUAUGUUUAUCAAGUUACACUCCACAUUUACCUCAAACCAUAUGCUAACGUUU